AUGCCUGCCGGUAUGAAACGCCGAUGGCAACAAGGCACAUCCUCCGAUGCCGCUCCUCCUCCGAAGAAACGGGCUCCAGUCCGCAAAGCACCCAGUUCUCCACGUCCCUACAAUAUCUCAUUUGGGGUCACUGGCGAGGAGCGCAUGAUCAUAUCGUCAAACGCCACAAACUUUGAGCCGCUUUGCGUGACCUACCGCAAGCCUACUUGGACCGUCACCCAAGUCUAG